UGGUUGCAACAAUCUCUGUAGACCUUUGCACCACUGCCAAAAGCUGGCAUUCGGGAAUGCCCUGUCCACUCCUGCUCCUCCACCACUGCCCCUGCUCCAGGGUUAUGGAGCUAGCUAUACUGACAGUGUACCCAUUGGAGAUGCCUGCUAUGCUGGGGGUGUUCCCUGAAUCUAUAUGGCACAUGACAGGGAUGAAUUCCCCCCAUCCCCAAUGCACCACGAAAAGGGCUCUCUCUAUGUGUGUAUAUAUAUGUUUCAGCUGUGGUGCUGAAAAGCCACUUGCUGUGCUCCAGGGUGCAACGAAACCUUAAUCAGCCUCUGUGUGGAAGAAGCAGAGACCAUCCCUUCCCAUCUGCUUUGCAAGGGUAGUGUGAAUCUGCAUGCAGCCACUCUCUGAAGUGACAGGACAGAGUGGGAUUUCUGGAGUCACUUCUGUCUUCCAAGAUCUUGCUCCCCUUUUUGGGGACACCCCAUCCCUUCCCACCGACCACAUCGGAGCGUCCCCUCUGCGCCUGGAUAAGAUCAUUUCCCUCUAUGAAAUCUGACAGUCCCAGUUUCCCACUGAAUUGUAACUGUUACUGGGGGAGGGGAGCCUAAAGAGAUCAGCCAGGCCAAUGCUCCCUCAUGGAAGGAGAGCAGCUAGGAUAUUACUCUUUUGUGGGGUGGGAGUGGGAAGGAGCAGAUGGGGUGAUGGUCCUGUAACAUUGACAGACCAGGUGCCAACUCAUGGCAAGUCCCGUAGGCCUCACUGAACACUGACAAAUGCAUAGCUGGAAACCAGUCUGGGUCACCUAGGUGUUAAAAUAGGUAUCAGAUUCAUAAAAACAUAUUUAGUGUUUAGACUUUAUGAAAUGCUUAUGAGUUGCUACAUGUGUUAAUCUCACUUACAAUAGCUGUGUCCCAUGUUCGAAGAUAUUAGAGAGUUGGCUCUGAAACUCUAAAUCAAGAGAGCAGCAUUACCAACUGUAAAAUACUAGUUUGCCACAAGAGGUCUCAUCUCCUGCCCAACAAAAGAAGGCCCAUAGAAACCAGCAAGCCAUUGUGGAACAUCAGAGGACAAAAUGCUUUGCUGAUUGUUUCCCCCUCCAGCCAUGAACAGGGGACGUGCAUGUGGACUCGUCCCAGCAACUUGAACUCUGGGGGAAGCAAAUGAAAAUCCCUGGCAAGGAGGAACUGUAUCUUUAUGCUGCUUGGACUCUGUGGGGAAAGGAUUACUAAGCAUAAGCAAAAGAUCCCCAGCACAUGGUCUGGGUUAACCCUAAAGAUAUGUAGAGCUUACUUAUUAUAGAUGCUUCUACCACCUGUUGGAACCUAAGACUGUAACUCAUGUGUGUGUUUACCUGCUUUAAGCUUGUCAAUAACUCCCUUACUUCUUUUUUUUAGUUAAUACAUUUGUAUUUAGUUUAUUAUAGGCUAGAAGUGUGAUGUUUGGUAUAAGAUCUUAAGUGCAGUUGACCUGGGGUAAGUGACUGAUCCUUUGGGACUGGAAAUAACCUGAAUAUUGUGAUUUUUGGUGUGAGGGACUGGGAGCUCUCUAGAAGUGUGAGGUGGCACCGGCACCUGGACUGUGGCCCUGCCCACAAGGCCCCACCUCUGCUUGGCCUCUCUCUUCCAAAGCCCUAUUCUUGCUCCACCUUUUCCUGCCCCUCUCCCGAGGCCUGCCCACUGCCAUUUGUUCUUCUCUGCCUCCUUCCCAGAACGGGAGUCCUGCCCUAGGGGAGCGAUGGAGGGGAGGAGGUGGAGAUGAGUGAGCAGCAGUUGGGGGGAGCCUUGGGAUAAGAGAUGCAGCAAGGGCGGGGCCUUGGGAGAAGAGGCGGAGCAAGGGCGGGGCCUUGGCGAAGAGGCGGAGCAAAAGUGGAGUGGAGUGCAGGCGGGGUCAUGGUUCAGAUGCGGGGCCUCCUCCGCACUUCUGUGGAGCUUCGCUUCUGGUGGUCCAAAGGCAGUGGCAGGCCAGCGUGCCUUCGGAGGGGUGACCUAUGCUGCCGUGGCAUUUCCCCCAUGCAUGGCCAGCUUUUUUGGGGAGGUUUAACCUCCCCUGGCCUCUUAUACACACCACCCAUGGGGGUCUCCAUCCCCUCACAAGACUUGGAGGAGUUAAGGUGGCAGUUGGGCCAAUGAACUCCCCAGGUUGCACCUGCAGGAGGUGCCAGGGAGCAGGGAUUAAUUAGAUGAGACUCAGCUGGGCAGGAACAGGAGCCGCCUGUAUAAAGCCCAGGAGUGGGGAGCAGAAAGGGGCUGCAGGGAAGUAGGCUGCAGUCACGGCCUGGAAGAAGGGAGGCAUGGUUGGGGCCACAGUUACUUCCUAAGAGGUGGGAGUUUGGGCUGGCAAACCCAGGGAGGUGGGGAGAGCCAGCAAGGUAGGAGAGGCUUGGGGGAAAGGCAGCAAGGUUUGCUCCCCCAGCCACUGGGGAAAUGGCUCCAAUGAGGUAGUGCAAAGCAGGCUGCCUCGAACAAUUUGCCCCAAAAGCCUUUGAUACCCCAGAAGUGGAGGACCAUAGUGGCCUGGCCGCAGGGCCAAGUCACAGACAGGAAGCUGCAGCUCCUGGAUCAAGAGGGGCUGCAGGGUGAGAGAAAUAGAUGAGUUGAAAGACUGCUAGAGGAGGGCACAGUGCCUGGGAAGUGCUAAUCCCCAGAGUGGCCAGGAGGAGGCGCCUCUAGUGGUGAGUGCACCCUCAUGACAAGGUCCCUUAGUGAUUAAAGCCCCUCCGGGUCAGGCAGCUGGAGUAACUUUCCCGAGUCAGCAGAGUGCUGCUCCCUUAUCAGGGAAUGGGGCUGGGGCAGGGUAUUGAUCAAGACACGUCAAUUCUUUGCUUAGAGGAAGUUGGGGAGCAGAUAAUUCUUUGAUUUGCAGCCUUCCCCAAUGGCUGGGAGAGAGCUGUUAAUGUGUAACUCUCCGAGACCUAUAAGAUCUCCUGCGGGAGGUGUACCUGAGCCAGAUCCUCAGCAGCUCCCAGCCGCGCGUCUAUCCAGCACCAGCAAGGAGGAUGUCUGAGAAAUUUGAAAUCUUGAACCUGGAUCUGAAAGCAGGGAACAGCCUGAAGAUAAAGGGCAACGUCGCCAAUGAUGCUGAGAACUUUGUGAUUAACCUUGGCAAGAGCUCUAGUGAGCUGGGGCUGCACUUCAACCCUCGCUUCAAUGAAUCCACCAUCAUUUGCAACUCCAAAUGUGCCAACUGCUGGCAGUCAGAGCAUCGCGACAAGCACCUGUCGUUCUCCCGGGGCUCAGAGGUCAAGUUUAUCGUCAGCUUCCUGGGAGACAAGUUCAAGGUGAAGCUGCCAGACGGGCAUGAGGUGGAGUUCCCCAACCGGCAUGGCUACGACAAGAUCACCUAUCUGAGUGUGCAGGGCGGGUUCAAAGUCAUCUCCUUCAAACAAGAAUGAUGGUCCCCGCUUCCCUGCUCUAAUAAAGACCCCAGGGGAGGGGCUAGUUUGUCCCAAC